AUGAAAAAUAAACCAACUUAGAAUCAAAUGAAAAAGUAUUAAGAUGAAAAAUAAUAGCAAAGAAUUAACAAAAUAAUUAUAGAAUCAUAAUAGCAAUUCAAAGAAUUUCAAUAAGUUAGCAGAAGAGAAAAUGAAAGUUUGAAAUCAGAGUUGGAAAACAUGUAAAAGAAAACUUAAGAAUAAAAUGUAAGGUAAAGUCAGGAAAUUGAUGAAUUAAAUAAUACAAUAAAAGAGGUUCAAGUAACAUUAUAAAAUCAAUUUAAAUUAAGCAAAUAAACUGAAGAUCAAGUUAAAGGCUUAACUGUUUACUUUAAAAACAAAUAACAUCUAAAGGAAUUUUCUGAUAAGAAUUUAUUUUAUGAGAAAACUAUAAUAUCAAAACAUUAACUUUGAA